AUCAUCUCUUUCCACCUUUCAUCUUUCAUACGUGACUGCCGACUUUUAUUGCAUCUUUAUCCAGCUGCUUGAUUGGGAAACUUCAAUCCUAUCUUGACCAGAUAACCCCGACUAGUUAUCGCAACCACACCGCCAAAGCAGAUCCUCCACAUACAACCAGAUCACACACAAUGUCUUCCUCCACCACCCCCGUCAAACAAGCCAAACCAGCCGCCCCUGCCGGUAGCGAAAAGGAUCCAGUCCGCAUGAUCGAGAAACUAGAGACCAAAACCAAAGCCGUCAACGCAAACAACAUCGCCAGAGUAGCAAACAGCCAACUAACCAACGCCGACGAAAAACUGCACCCACUGCUCAGUCUCAAGAAUGGAAGAACACUAGAGAAAUUCCCCGAUACAUCAAAGGCGUUGGCGAAAUUGAGUGUCACUGUGGUUGAUGCUAUGCUGAGUGCGCUGGAAGCUGAUCGUACGGGCAAUGAGAUGGAAAAGAGGGAGAAGUUGCGAUUGCAGAUUGGGUUGAAGCCUAAUCCUGCUUAAGAUAUGAUCGUUCAUGGCCUUUUGCGAUGUGUUGAUGAUCGAUAAUUAGACAUGUGGUAUGAAAGCUCAUAGUACAGAAUAAGCAAAUUCC